CGUGGCUCGGACGUAAGGUGAGUUCCUGUCAAGUUCAUGUCCGUACGGUUAUACAGCUGAAGACGUUCUGAGCAGGCCUCUGAAGCCCCGGAAUAGGACUGUAGGAAAACAAAGUCUCCCUUUUUUCCCCCUCAACUGACAGUCCUGCUCAGAAAGAACAGACACUGAUCUCCAUUCCUUAAUUACCUCUACAAGAGACUAUAGGAAGCCAGCGAGGUUGAAGGGCCUGGAAAUAUGAGCGCGUCUACAUUCCGUUUUGGCCAACACAUCAUCAAGGCGUCGGCAGUGUUUCUUCAGACGGAAUUGUCCUUCGCGCUGGUAAAUCGAAAACCAGUGGUCCCCGGACAUGUGCUUGUUUGUCCUCUCCGUGUUGUUGAUCGCUUCCGUGACCUAGGUCCAGAUGAGGUGGCCGACUUAUUCAGGACGACACAGAGGGUGGCCAACAUCGUGGAGAGACACUUCCAGGCUUCCUCUUUGACUAUUGCCAUCCAGGAUGGCCCUGAAGCCGGACAGACCGUGAAGCACGUUCAUGUCCAUGUACUUCCAAGAAGAGCUGGGGACUUCGAGAGAAAUGACAGCGUUUAUGAUGAGCUCCAGAAACAUGACCGGGAGGACCAGGACGUACCGGAGAAGUGGAGGACAGAGGAAGAGAUGGCAAAGGAAGCUAGUGACCUAAAGAAGUACUUUACCUAAACCUGCACAAAACAGACACACUCAAAUGUACCUGUAUGCACGUUCAGUGUAACAGCGAGUUGAGUAGACUGAUUAUAGGCAUUGGAUUCAAGGUUAUUUGUUUUUUCCCUUUCCCUUAAGGAGUCAUAGGUGUACAGCUCCUCUAGACUGAACUGAAAGUAAACAGCAAGAGCAUCAACAGAACCAUUGUCUUUUUUUACUGCUGUUUCCAGCUUCCACUAGUUUCACAAGUCUGCAAAAGGUUGGUGGAGAGAUCUGAGCUACAGGCGAGCACUGAUUUGAUGUAUUAAAUUUCUUCUUCCUACCUGUAUGUGUGGUAUAUGCCUCUGUGAGU